UUUAUGAUGACACAUACAUCUGCACUGGUGCUCAGUACCGCAUGUUCUGCAACACAAGCAUGCACAAUUUCUAUUACCAAAGAUAUACAAACCAAAGCCAGUUCCAGAGCUGGUGCUCGAGUAAUUACUGUAAUUGCUAUGGUAAUAAAGACACCUGUACCUGCUCCAGUAGCACUUGGUCCACCUGUUUCUGUGAGACGUAUGGAAAAAGCAUCGCUCUCACUACCGCAGUCAGUCCAGUCUCUGACUGUGUGCGUUAUAAGGACCUCUACAUCUGCACUGGUGCUCACUAUCACAUGUACUGUAAUACUAGUGUACAUGAUUUCUAUUAUAAUAUUUCCCAUCACCACUGUUCGAAUAUGUACUGUAACUGUGCUGGUAAUAAAGACACCUGUGCAUGCUCCUCAAUUGCCCCAUCCUCCUGCUUCUGUACAAAUUACACCAAUAAUAUCACCAUCCCUGCUGGAGUCAGUCCAGUGUAUGACUGUGUGCUUUAUAAGGACACAUACGUCUGCACUGGUGCUCAGUACCGCAUGUACUGCAACACAAGCAUGAACAGUUUCAACUACCGGAGAAAUACAAACCAAUGCCAGAUGCAGUGCCAAAAUAAUAACUGUAACUGUACUGGUAAUAAAGACACCUGUACAUGCUACAACAGCACUCUGUCCUCCUGCUUCUGUGAGUCUUACGGCAAUAUCACUGCUCUCACUACAGCUCUCAGUCCAGUUUAUGAGUGUGUACAUUAUAGUGGCCUGUACAUUUGCACUGGUGCUCACUAUCAGAUGUACUGCAACACAAGUGUCCACGAUUUCCAUUAUGAUAGAAACCAUCACCACUGUUUCAAUAACAACUGUUACUGUUAUUGCAAAAAGGACACCUGUGCAUGCUCCACUAGUGCUCCAUCUUCCUGCUUCUCUACAAAUUACACCAAUAACAUCACCAUCCCUGCUGGAGUCAGUCCAGUCCAUGAGUGUGUGCUUUAUGAUGACACAUACAUCUGCACUGGUGCUCAGUACCGCAUGUUCUGCAACACAAGCAUGCACAAUUUCUAUUACCAGAGAUAUACAAACCAAAGCCAGUUCCAGAGCUGGUGCUCGAGUUAUUACUGUGACUGCAACUGUAAUAAAGACACCUGUAGAUGCUCCAGAAGCACUUGGUCCACCUGUUUCUGUGAGUCUUACAUCUCCACCACCACAACCACACCCAGUCCAACUACUCCAGCUCCGACUAUCACUCUGCCUGAUCAAUGCAAGAGUCAGGGAGGAUGUCUUCAGGAUCUACUUCAGCAGCUAGAGAACAUUACACAGCUUCCAUUAUCUGUUGUGACUAAGGUUUUGGACGUGGCUCUGAACACAUCAGCUGUAGUUUCGCAGUCAACUGAUUCAAAAGAAUUAAUGGUGAAUGGAAAUCGUGUAUUACAAGCAAGCGAGAAGCUCCUAUCUGCACUGGUGAAACCAACAGAGACAAGCGACAAUGUCAGUUUUACUCUCGACACAGUAGAGGUAAAAGCCUUCUCGAUUGGGCCAAAAUUCCCUUCAGAACAUUUCCCUCAGCUGGACACAAAAAAUGCUUCUAUGGACAUUGAUCUGAUCGGGAUUGCCAAGAGUAACGAGGAAAAAGGAUCUGCUGCUGUGGCUUUCAUGAGCUUCACCACAAUGGAGAAUCUACUGAAGGCCGACUUCUUCAACACAACUAAUGACACCAUUAAAACCAUGAUGUCCACUGUGAUCUCAGCUACUCUUCCCAAAACCAGCAACACUACACUCACCAAAGCAGUCAACUUCACCUUCAGACACAUCAGAGAGUUUGACCCCAACGGUUCUCUGUCCUGUGUGUACUGGAAUAUCAGCGAGUGGAUUGUAGAUGGUUGUUCUGUGUUAAACAGCAACAGCAGUCACACUGUGUGUUCCUGUGUUCAUCUGUCCACAUUCGCUCUCAUCAUGCAGACCAGCAGCAGUCCACCACCGAGCGGUCUGCUGGAUCUGCUGAAUCUGGUGUGUGUGAUCGUGGGUCUGGUGUUCCUCAGUUUGGCUCUGUUGUCCUUUGCUCUUUGUCAGUGGAGUCCUGGAGUCAAUAAUGUGGCUCGAAUCAACAUCUGCAUCAGUCUGCUGUCGGCUCACCUUCUGUUGCUGCUCACACAACAGUUCCUGAGCCUCAUUCGCCCUCAGCAGGUGUUGUGUGUGGUGAUAGCAGGCCUUCUGCACUUCCUCUUCCUCUCCGCCUUUUUGUGGAUGUUCAUUGAAGCUGUGCUGCUCUUCAUCUGUGUCAAGAACCUAUCACAGAUCAGCUCCAAAAAGAGGGAGGUGCUUAGCAGUGGAUUCCUGUGUGUGAUUGGAUAUGUGGUUGCUCUAGUUGUGGUGUGUGUGUCUAUUGGGCUGGUUCCAGAAGGAUACGGCAGUGAACACUGUUGGAUUAAAACAGAUGAAGGGUUUAUCUGGAGUUUUCUGGGUCCUGUUUGUGUCAUACUAGCACUGAACAUGAUUUUCUUCAUCAGGAUCGUCAUCAUUCUGAACUCUCACAAAACUGAACAGUGA